UUGAUAUUUCAAACUAGUUUAGUUAAAAUUGCAAAACCUGAGUGAUUUCAAUUAAAAAAUGGAAAAACGAUCGCUUUUACUUCACUAUGGAAACGAUAUUCUUGAGUCAGUGGCCCGACUUUACCAAAAAACUGAAGAAUCGCUAGCCCAGGACGUGCAAAUUUUAAAAAGCUGGAUGGAGUCGCAACCUCAUCUUCCAGAAGUUCUAGAUGACAAAAGUCUGCAAAAUUUUUUCCUCCUUAACAAGUGCAAAAUGGACAAGACGAAGCGCAAAAUCGACAUGUACUACACCCUGCGAAGUCAACUGCCUGAUAUUUUCGAAAAUGUAAAUCCCAAAUGUUCCAACUUAAAAGAGAUUUUAAAAAUAUUCUACUUACUGCCGUUGCCACAAAUGACCCCGGAGAUGUGCAGAGUGUUUGUCCUCAAGUGUCGGAAUAAAGACAUGUUGCAUAAAUUGUCGCCUUACGACGUUGUAAAAAUGGCCAAUAACUUGCAGGAGUUGCGGUUAAAAGAAGAUGUGAUGGUUGGAGAUAUUGGGAUUGUUGAUAUGGAAGGGAUCAAUAUGAGGACUAUAUUAAAAGUGACUCCUCUUUUCAUGGUCAAAGCUGUAAGGUUUUAUAAAGAAGUGUAUUCGAUUCCACUGAAAGGUGUCUAUGUGAUUAACACGCAUCCUUUAGUUAGCAUAAUUUUGGCUAUGGUGAGGGGUUUGAUUAAACCCAAAAUUUUCCAGAGGAUUCAUAUUUGCAAAGAUGCAAGUAUCAUAAAAGAAAAACUGCCCUUAGAAAUUUUACCCGAAAAUUACGGUGGCAACGAAAAAUCGCUCGAAGAAUUAUUAGAUUUAUGGAAGCUUAAAUUUGAGGAAUAUGACGACCUCUUCAAUAGACUGGACAAACUGCGAGUAAACGAAAAUCUGAGGCCUUCACAAGACCAAAUUUCCGAAGCUUCAAGAUGAUAAAACGCGAAGUGAAAA